AUGGAUACAAAUAUACGUUUUGGUGGAAAAGUUGUGGUUUUUGGAGGUGAUUUCAGACAAACGCUUCCUAUUGUGCGAAACGGAAAAAAAGAAGAUUUUAUUAAUGAAAGUUUAUUAUAUUCUGACAUUUGGGAAGAACUUGAAAGAUUGCCCUUAUCCGAAAAUAUGAGAGCAAAAGCAGAUCCUCAAUUCUGUGAUUAUUUAAUGAGAAUUGGAAAUAGACAAGAGAAAGACAAUUCUACAAAUAAGAUUGAAAUUCCAGAUUCUUUUAUUAUUCCUUUUACAACUGAAAGAGAAUCUUUAGAUAAAUUGUUCACAAUAACGUAUCCAAAUAUGCACACAUUUUUCUCAAUAACAUCUUCCUCAAAUUUCCGUGUUAUUCUAACAACAAAAAAUGAUUUCAUAAACGAAAUAAAUGACAUGCUUAUAGCUAAAUUUCCAGGAACAUCAAAAACAUUUGUCGGUAUUGAUGAAACCAUUGAACCUAAUGAUCAGUAUCUAUUACAGAAUAUGGAGUAUAGACAUAAUAUUAAUGAGAUAACUCCGCAAACAAGAGAGUGGACAUGCAAAGUACAGCUUAUUGAAAAAGCUAGAGCAAGACAUAGUAAGGAUGGGCGGAUACGAUUUCAGAUCAUGAUUGCACAAGAUGAGACAGAAGAACAAGUUGCAAUUGUUUUGUAUGGAAAUGACAUAGGAAAAUAUGAAAAGAAGUUAUAUCACAUAUUUGAUAUCAAAAAAAGUUAG